AGGGUUUAAUAAAAUGUCUGUACUUUGAUUAAAAGUGGAAUGUUUACAUAAGUUUCAGAUAUGAAAAUAUUUGUAGUUUAAUUCAGUUUUUUAUUUUAGGAGUUUGUCCUGCUUGGGAUUCCGUAGAAAGGCAGGGGUAUCCUAGCAACCGCAACACGAAUCCCCAAGAAGCAGUGGUUUUUAAGAGCUAAUUGUCGAUUUAAAUCAUUUAAAAAAACGUUAAAGUAGUAUUAGUGCGUUUUGCCAACUAAAUUUAGUGUUUAAAUUUUCGGUAUUAAUGUUGACUUAAUAGCUCACAAACGGUGUUUAUUUAACAGUUCUAUUAAUCCUCGUAAACUAAAGUCUACGGGUACUUGGCUAAGCUAACGUUAGCGUACAAAAGAUGGAAAGAUGGACCAACCUUCUAACCCUCGUAUUUAUGUAGAAAGAACCCUGGCCAUCAUUAAACCAGAUGCCAUUAAAGAAGCAAAGGAGAUAGAGGACAUUAUCCUGAAGUCGGGAUUUGUUAUUUUGCAGAAGCGGAUGCUGCAGCUAAGUCCAGAGCAAUGCAGUGACUUUUACGCGGACCACUAUGGGAAGCUCUGCUUUCCUAGCUUGACAGCCUUCAUGAGCUCUGGCCCUAUCAUUGCCAUGACACUGGCUCGAGACAACGCAAUUACCCACUGGAAGUCCAUCAUAGGGCCUGUCAACAGCAUCAAGGCCAAAGAAACUCAUCCAGAGUGUCUUAGAGCAAAAUAUGGCACCUCAGAACUGAAAAAUGCACUCCAUGGCAGCGAGUCAUUUUAUGCAGCUGUGAGAGAGAUCAAAUUCAUGUUCCCAAACUCUGUAAUAGAGCCUUUUCCCUCAAGAGAGGCAAACGAAGAAUACCUGAGUAGGCAUGUAAACCCAAUUCUUCUACGUGGGCUGACUGAACUCUGCAAGAACAAGCCGCUCAACCCCUGCAUUUGGCUUGCCGAUUGGUUGAUGAAAAACAAUCCAAACCAGCCUCUGAUAUGUGAUGCAGUCACUGUGGGAGAAGAUGAAUGAACGGGAAAUAAGCGUGUACAUUGUUUCCAUGCCAUAGUUUAUUCGACAAAUGCAUCAGUUUGGUGCUAACAACACAUAAAAUGCAUGUAACACACUAAUCAUUUAUUUUGUCUGUGUUCUGUUUUAAAUUUCUGACUAAAUUUUGGAAAGUACCCAUCCCAACAGGUCUAACAUGUCACCGUUAAAUCUCCCAGCGAUUAAAAAGUCUUUUUGUUUGAAUAAAUGUAAUUGCACUGAAAUAAUAAACUGGAUUAACGGUG